AACAACUGAUGUUCUUACAUUUCUUGGGCAACACGAUUUUUUUUUCAAUUAAAAAAAAGAAGAAACGUUUGAAACUACCGAUUUUGCAUAGCACACUGAGAGGAACAAUACUCUAUCAAUUGAAAAAUGGGAAGAUUUAACUGGCUAGGGAUGUAUGGACGGCGUUUACUGUCAUCCAUGGUUGUUGAAUCGCCCAUUAACCAGAAUUUUUGGCUUGACAAACCUUCUGCAUUGCGUCAGUCGUUAUUCGGUGAAAGAGCUUUGCAUAGUUGUACCUUUGUUAUUCAAAAACAUGCUGAUUUUGACACCGCGGGAAUGUUAUUGGCGAAGCGCUGUAUUCAUGCUACAGGAUCUUGUUACUCCAGUCAGCGAGGCUACUAUGAAGUUCUUGGUGUUCCUGGAAAUGCGAGCCAGGAUGAGAUAAAAAAGGCGUUUUAUGCCCUAGCCAAAAAGUAUCAUCCAGAUGCAAAUAAGAAUAAUCCUUCUGCAAAGAGGAAAUUUCAAGAGAUAAGAGAUGCCUAUGAGGUUCUGCGAGAUUCUACAAAGAGGGCUCAGUAUGACAUGGGUCGAAGUAGAGACUCAGAGAAUGUAGAAUAUAAUACUGGUGGUGCAGAGGGGUUUAAAUAUGCGCGAAGUACGUCCUGGAAGAAUGUAGAAUAUAAUACUGGUGGUGCAGAUGGGUUUAAAUAUGCUCGAAGUAGAUCCUGGGAGAAUGUAGAAUAUAAUACUGGUGGUGCAGAGGGGUUUAAAUUUACUUAUCAUACUCGUUUCUCUGAAUCUUUCAAUAAAACAUUCUCUGAGAUUUUUGAAGAUGAGACUGACCAAUUUGAACCUGAUAUUCAGGUGGAGCUAUUACUCUCUUUUUCUGAAGCUGCUAAAGGGUGUACAAAACAUGUGUCUUUUGAUGCAUUUGUGCCCUGUGAUUCUUGCUAUGGGCAUGGCUACCCAAUAGGUGCCAAAACAAGGGUCUGUCCCAGAUGCAGGGGCAUAAGAAGAGUUAUCAUCCCGCUAUUCACGUCAACAUGCAGCACUUGUAAAGGAACGGGACAAAUAAUUAAGGAAUACUGUAUCUCAUGUAAAGGAUCAGGAGUGGUUGAUGGCAUCAAGGACGUCAAAGUGACAAUUCCAGCAGGGGUGAACUCUGGAGAUAAAAUAUGCAUUCCAAAUGCGGGUAAUGUUGCUGGACGAGGAAGCCAACCUGGGAACUUAUACAUAAAACUAAAGGUAGCCAAUGAUCAUGUCUUUACUAGAGAUGGUGCAGAUGUUUAUGUGGACUUUAAUAUCAGCUUUACUCAAGCUAUUCUUGGCGGAGAGGUUGAUGUGCCUACUUUGUCAGGGAAGGUGCAAGUAAAAAUACCAAAGGGGGUUCAGCAUGGGCAACAGUUGGUCUUAAGAGGGAAAGGACUACCAAAGCAUGGUUUUCUUAGAGACCAUGGAGAUCAAUAUGUGCGCUUUCAUGUUAACUUCCCUAAAGCAUUAAACAAACGCCAACGUGCUAUAUUGGAAGAAUUUGCAAAAGAGGGAAUUAAUAGUGAGAACAGCACCUCCAGUGAAGGAAAUUGGUGGCGGCAAAUUAUCGAACGAGCAUCAGGUGGAAAGUUCAUGCUUGAGUUCUCUCUAUUCCUGUUAAUCCUCUUGUUCCUGAAAAAAAUGAUUGGCUGAGCAGAAAUUCUAACAUAACUUUGAUGGAGAGAUUUUUGGCAAGAAUAAUGAGACCGUUUUGAAGGAUUUCAGCAAAUACAAUUCGACAGUUUAAUAAUACAAUCAGUCAAGUACCUUUGUCAUACCCCAUUCAUCGGCAGCAAGUCAUUGCCUGUUCUCACUUUUUGGCUCCGCUAUAGUUUCAGAAUGCUGCGAAGAAAUAAAUUUUAUUCUUUCCGAAUAAUACUAUAUGUACAAACAAAGCGUACAAAACAUUUCGUAAUAAUUUUGAUUUAUUUGGUUGGGUUUUAAUGCAAACCUUUUCAAUAUUUUCUUUGUUUUCUCGGUUAGAGAUGAGCCUAAAUCUGAACGGCCUCACUGAUCCGGGGUAGUUUGGGAUUUUCAUGCUA